UUUGAUUGAGAAAUUCUCCUGAUGAAUCAGAGGCAAAAAAAUCACACCGCUGGCUCUGCUUGGGCAUUUGAGCACCAUCGCCCUAUAUUCUGUAAUCAAUCAGUGUGGUGCGCUCGGGGGGCUUUUGUGUGCUGCUGCCUCUGUUUUCUGGCUUUGCAUAGCCCCUGCGAUGAAGCAGAAAGCAGGAGGUCUGCUCUGGAGACGGGCACCACCUGGUAGGGAAGUCUUUGUGCAUCCUGAUGGCUCACGCAUGGUUUCAGGCUUGCAAGUGGGAAGCUGCUCGUCUCCGCUCUAGAGCAGGGAGCGCGUUUUUCCUAUGGGUUUGAACAGCACCAGCACGAGGGCACCGGUCCUGACCUGGAGUUUGGAUGCUACAGUCGUAGGGAUAUUAGUCGUGAAAUAGUCUCGCAACUUGGCCGUGUGGCUGGGAAAGCCUUUGCAAACGUGGUAGAACGUGUGUGCGCGCACUGUCUCUGCGUGUGUGAAACUCCUGGCUGCGGGGAGAGCUAUUGCGAGGCCAGCCGAAGGCACAGGACUGUGUCCAGACUGUGCGAGCGCUGAGGUAGGUGGUUGGAGAAACCCCCGACCUGGUUGCAGCAGGUUAGGAGGUUGGAGGUGGUUCUGCAGCUCAGGGCACUGCUAUCAGCAGUGUUUCCUGUAGGAGCAUUUACCGGGGUGCUGACUUGCUCCUUGCGAGGGGUGACUGUGUUAUGCAGGUGUCUUGGAAAGGGGGUUUACUGUCGUAGUUGGUGGAGAAGCACCAAAAAAGCAGCAGCCUUCCCGGGAAGAUCAGAACCAGGUGCCGCAGCUUUUGUGCUUGCACCUUAUGAUCUCCUGAUACAACUGGCUACAGGAGUGAACCGGGGGUCCCGAGACCCAUGCAGGCAUCACCCCCCCGCCCUGCUCACUGCCGCAACGUUGGCGUGCUUAGCAGGAGCGAAGCGGUGAGUUGGGCCUGGGCCGGCGGUGCUCACACCUGUCCAAGGACAUGAGCGGCUCCGAUCGGGUUGUUAGCUCCCUCCCUGCCAUGCCGAGCGGAGGCUGGCUCACGGGACGGAGCAAGGCUGUGUGGCUGGGAGCAGGUGUCUUUCCUGGGUGCUAUGUGUCCGGAGGAGCAUUGGGAGCUGCUCUGAGCCUUCAGUGUAGAACAGGCUAGAAAUCCAAUCCAUCACCUGGUGAAUCCCCUGUAAAGCCUAAAUCCCCUUCUCAGAGUGGGGCUUUCUUAGCAAAGAAAACAGUGGAGCCCGGCUUAGGCCAUUUCCCCUCGCUGCUAAAGGUCUCCCCGGGGACGGCCCAGACCAGCCCCAAAUCCUCUCCCCCAGCCCCUCCCACGUCUCCAAAGCCCAGGAGGCAAGAAACCCUUUGUGACUCAGCAGCGCACACAUACUUCACAUUUUCCCAGCAGGGCUUGCCUGCAAGCAGGGUGGGUGCUUCCGCCAGGCACUGCCGAGCUCCCUGCACACCUGGCCGGGCUGCCUCUUCCACCCCAGCAGUGUCAUCGCCUCGAUCGUUUCACUCCCUGAACAAAAUCUGAGCCCGCAGCCAGCCCUGAGGGCCCUGCAGGAAACCGAGACGGUCUGUGCAGCCCCGCUCUGGGGAGCAGCCUGCACCGAGGCUCUGCCUUCAGCAGCAGCUGUAUGUCCCAGGAGGCAGCAGGCGUAGUGACCUUUCUUCCGCAGCCUGGCACGUGCUGCCCACCCACAUGCAUGGCUUGGCCAUGCUGCUCGGCCCUCUGAGAGGGGACAAGAUCUCAGGCUGAAGCUCACAAGGGAGCUUGUAAUGUUAACCAUGAAUGACACGCUGCUGUUUGAAGGGGGCCAGGGGUUCUUCUCUCCCACCCCUCCAGUGAAGAUGCUGUAUUCCUUGCAACCAGGCCGCAAAGGGUUUCCAAUGCACAUCCAUGGGCAGGGAAAUGACACUUGCUUGGCACCUGGACUCUGGGUUUCAUAGCCAGGUGCUGCCUGGGGCUCAGGCUGGCAGAGGAGGGUGAAGGAGGUUAUAGGACAAAGCUGGGGCAAUGCCUAGGAAGAGAAGCCUCUUCUGAGAGUUCAGUUUGUGCAAGGCCUGGCUCCCAGGAGUCCCCGCCACGGAGCAGGGCACUGCGAAGUGCAGCUGCCCUACCCUCUUCUGCCCUACCUGCGCAGCUGUAUGUCCCAAAGCCUUGGCCCAUCCGGGCUGUCUCAGGAUGCAGUUGCCAAGGGCGAGCUGCUGGGGAACAGCCAGCUACUGAAUGGCGAUGGCCUCUGCAGACCUGGGCUCUGGACUCAGAAAAUUCAGGUGGAAGGGAGCUUGGGAGGUGACAUCUAGUGCAACCCGCUGCCCAAAGCAGCACCAGCCCCAACUGCAUCAUCCCAGCCAAGGCUUUGUCUACUGGGCCUUAAACACCUCCAAGGGUGGAGAUCCCCCACCUCUCUGGGUGCUCUGUUUCCGUGCUUUAUCCUAGCGAGAGUCUUUCUUAAUAUCCAACCUCAACUUCUGCAACUGGAGCCCAUUGCUCCUUGUUUCUUAUAGUGUUUCCCGGAUCUUUUCCCCUCGCCUUGUGCCACAUUCCAGCUCUCUGUUGCGCUCCUGGAGGCCUCCGAUGUGGAGACGGUUUUCUCCACGGUCUUGUCCUCUGUUCCCCUUUCGCAGCCUUCUAGGAAACACGCCUGCAGUGCCCUUUACCCGUGUGCCCUUCACCUCUGAGACGUGUUUACUGGUAGAGCUGCUCUGCAGCUGCGGAUACGCUCGUGCCGAGCGCAGCCAUCUAAGCCGUGAGCACCUGGGUGGAGGCAAAGCGCCGGGGUCACCUGCCCGCACCCGAAGCGCGCACAGAAAACCGGUGCUCCCGUCGCCUGCCUCCAGCGCUGCUGCGCGGGCCCGCGUUUCCCGUGGAAACCCCGUGUUAGCAGGUCUGUGCCAGCUGCAGGCACGUUGCGUGAGCCGCAGACUUGUAACAAGCCACGUCUUGUCCUGAGAAACGAACCCAAGCGUGCCAGCCUGGCCUCGCUGCUGCGGGAGGUGCAGAGCUAACCGGGGCGAGCUCGGGGCUAGGUCCUGUCGCUGCAAAUCCCUGCCCCAGCCGGCUCUGCGGCAAGUAAGCGGGUGGCUUGUGAUGGGCCCUGCAUCCGAGAGACCGGCCGAGGCAUCCGUCCGUCCAGGCCCGCGCGGGGGGCACGGGGUGGGUGCCCGGGCCUCCAGAACCAGCCUUUCCAGUCGAGCCGGGGCAGCUCUCCUGCCUCCACCUCCGCAUCACCGUGCCGCUUGCCCAGCCUCCUUUCCUCGGCGCGGGCGCAGCGCGGAGCCGCCUCGUCGUGCCCGGGCCGGGCUGGCAGCGCCCGGGCAGCGCCGCGUCGCCCCGGAGCCCCUGGCCCGCUCUCGGCUCGCCCUGGGCCAGCGGGCAGGGCCAGGGCAGGGCAGGCUGCUGAGGGCACGACCCCGAGAGAGGGGCAGGGACGCGGUGCCUCGACGGCAGCCGCCUCUCCCCGGCACGUCGUCCGACCCGGCUCCCCCAGCCCCAGCGCCGGGGGUGGACAGGCAGGUCGGGCUCCCGCAGCCCAGCCCCAGCCGCCCCCGCUGCCUGUCCCGGCCGCGCCGGGGAGGGGCGGCUGCUCGGCGCGACAGUACGGUACCGGCCGGGCGCCUCCCCCGCCGCGCCCGCCCCGCGCCCAUGUGCGCUUAAAGCCGCGGCCGCGGCGCCGGGACCCGGCACCCAGCUGCUCCGCUCCGCUCCCGUCCCGUCCCGCCCGCCGGCCGGAGGUGGGUCCGGGCCCCGUGGCGCGGGGCAGAGCCGGCCCGGACCGGACCGGACGGGACCCAUGCGCGGCACGUAGCCCCCGCCGAGCGGCGCGGAUGGCUGCGCCUUGCUGCCAGGCUGCGGCCCCGGGGAGGCGCCCGCCGCGCCCCAGCGCCUCGCCAUGAACAGCCCGUACAUCGCGCUGGAGCUGCUCAUCGCCCUGCUGUCCAUCGCGGGCAACGUGCUGGUGUGCUGGGCCGUGGCCACCAACCGCACGCUGAAGACGGCCACCAACUACUUCCUGGUGUCGCUGGCCGUGGCCGACAUCGGCGUGGGCGCGCUGGCCAUCCCCUUCGCCAUCACCAUCAGCAUCGGCUUCCACGCCGACUUCCACAGCUGCCUCUUCCUGGCCUGCUUCGUGCUGGUGCUGACCCAGAGCUCCAUCUUCAGCCUGCUGGCCGUGGCCGUGGACAGGUACAUGGCCAUCAGGAUCCCGCUCAGGUACAAGAGCCUGGUGACGGGGAAGCGGGCGCGAGGCAUCAUCGCCGUGCUCUGGCUCCUGUCGUUCGCCAUCGGGCUGAUCCCGCUGAUGGGCUGGAACAGCGCCAUGGGCGGCUGCCCCAACACGACCAACGCGUCGGCGGCGGUCGAGGAGAGCCGCAAGCCCUGCAUGGUCUUGUGCCUGUUUGAGAACGUGGUCACCAUGAGCUACAUGGUCUACUUCAACUUCUUCGGCUGCGUGCUGCUCCCUCUUGCCAUCAUGCUGGGCAUCUACAUCAAGAUCUUCAUGGUGGCCUGCAAGCAGCUGCGGCAGAUGGAGCUGAUGGGCCACUCCCGGACCACCCUGCAGCGGGAAGUGCACGCGGCCAAGUCGCUGGCCAUCAUCAUGGGGCUCUUUGCCUUCUGUUGGCUGCCCCUGCACAUCCUGAACUGCCUCACCUACUUCCACAAGGGCUUCAGCCACAGCAAGCCCCAGUGGGUCAUGUACAUAGCCAUCAUCCUGUCGCACACCAACUCCGUCGUCAACCCCGUCAUCUAUGCCUACCGCAUCCAGGACUUCCGCUGCACCUUCCGCAAGAUCCUCUCCCAGGUGCUGUGCAAGGCGGACAGUGGCCCCAAGUGCCCAAACGGCCACAGCCAGCACCUGACGGUCAGCAGCAUCAUCAGUGCCACCCCCACGUGCGUUUGACCUGACACGUCCCGGGCCUCGACGGCCUGGUCCUGGGAGCAAGGAUGCUUGGCUCCCCGAGAGGAGUCGUGCCAGGAACCGUGUGCAUUUGUACUGGUUUUUAUGUGAAUUUUUCUAUGACCACGGUGCCUCGUAGAGGGAGGAUGUGACCGGGGGCUCUGCACGGCUCACCCUGGCGCAUACCUGGGUGCCUGGGGUGCGGGUGGGCGCUAUCUCCUGCCCAGUCAGAGGUUGGACCUGAACCACCCCCACAGCGCAAGCUCCCCUCAUUGUGCUGCUCGUCUCCACCCUUAAUUUUAUUUUCCUCCCCCAUCUCCUUCCUGUAACGAUCCGAGUUACUCAGGGCAGUGUGGCCCUGACGGCACGUUAGUCAGACCCUGGUUGGUUUUUUUUCUUCCAUCAAUUGUUUGAUGCAGCUUGUAUUCUCCCAUGGGAAAUCCUCUUCCUGUCGCCCAGUUGCUGGUGUGACCCGAAGCUGUGCGCCAGGCUCGGGAGGAGCAGGCCGUGAGCAGGAGGCCACUCGGGGCAGAGCUGGCCUCGCUCCUGUGGGGACAUCAGAGGAAAGAGGGGCUGGGAUGGCAGGAAGGUGCCGCUGCCUCCACCUCCUCAGCUCCCCCGUUCCCAGCGCGAUAUCCCGCCUGGCAGUGACUAAUAGGGACUGGGUAGGGCCCCUCUGAAUCUCACUGGGCAAGGCCCUGCGUGCUCAGGCCCUGCAGCCAGCAUGGGGCCAAACCCAGCUGCUGUUCUGAGGCAGCCGGGGGAGUCCAGGCGGUUGUGGACGCCUUUGCCCUUGCGCAGGUGUUUUUGAUCCGCUGUGUAAAUGGCUCGGAUGUUCCCAGCAGGGUCAGCAGCCGGAGACGCUGCCGAAGCAGGCACCCCCAGUGCCCGCCUGACCCCGUGCAGCAGGCCCAUGUCACGGCCAGCGCUGUAACUCGGUGUCCAGCUCGUCCCCGGUCACUGCACGCGGUGUGUCUCAUCCAUGUCUGAGCCCUGUUUGGUCUGUGCGUGGCGCACGCAACUGGAUAAAGGUGGGAAGAACCAGA